UAACGUCACCUUGUUUCCCGGGUCCACAAUAGCAGACGGACCAGCCGCCUGGGACAGCUUUUCCUGUGAUAACAUCGAUAUAACCAUCAAAACUUCUCCGGGAUUAUCUGCCUUUGAACGAUUAUAUUAUCUUAUUGCAAUGUAAUAUCUGGGGACACAUAUAAUGGAAGAAUAUAGUUCUGAAGUAAAUGGUCCGUCUCUCUCCCUCUCCUGUCUGCGUCUGCUGGUUCCGCCGAUCUGAGUGUUCUCUAAUACACUACGUUGUUACAGCAGCGUAUUAAAUACUAUAAGAUAUAGUAUGGAGAGAGCGACUGAGUAAUUGAAAUGUACCUACUAAUGAAAUUAUAACAAAUAUUUUGGUUGUAAACAGGUUAGGGUUAGGGUUGGUACAUUGGCAAUCAGCCGGAACCUUGGCACAGGGACGUUUGAGCCUUUCGGACUGAAUGGAGCCCACAGCAUCCUUGCUUGAAACCGACCUGUAACUUGCUCUCGAGUGGGAGCAGCGCGCAUCUUAUUCUUGACCUUCGCCUCCAAUAAGACGGGGAAAGAUGGCAGAUAGCGAUGAGCAAAACCAACAAAAAAUGACAGGAAGAAAAAGGAGCGCUGUGUGGACUCAUUUUAGUCAAACAACUGAAGGUCCAAUAGGCAGCUGUAAUAUUUGUAAGGCAAAUAUUUCAUUCAGAGGAGGGUCCACUGCCAAUUUGCACCGGCACCUCAGGACAAGGCACCCUUGGGUCCGGCUUUUCGAGGUGAAGAGAGAGGAAGAGGCACUGUCUGAGGCACACCCCGGAUCAUCACAUUCCCAAACGACUUCGGGGGACUCCAGGGGUAGAGGCCAGGCCAUUGGGCAAACUAGGCUGAACCAGUUCAUGUCCCGGCCGAUGACACCGCAGCGGCAGGAAACCCUGGACGAACAACUAGGUCCCCCUCUCCCCUUCGCCUCUCUGCGUCUCUUGCUCGCCCCUGUCCGGCUGGUGUCCGGGGCCAUCUGGCACACAGUCCAGCAUCACGUUGUGUCAGAUUAUGGGAUGCUUGAGGAGUUUGUUUCAAUGGUCACGGACCUUGUUCCUGAGCUACUCUCCACUGAACAAAAGACCCAGCUUAUUCUGGGACUACGUGCACGGAAUGGUAUCCCUGGAGAGUUUGGCUGCAGCUAUGAUGAUCAGGCCCUGGUCAACGUAACAUGGCAAUUUCUGUCCAGACUGGAAAAGCUUUUCCCUCUGCAGACCAUCCAACAGGUUGCCCUCAUGCUCGCCGACAUUCCCUCUGCUCUCGAAGAGUGUUUGAAGUCAGUCUCUCACCGCGGCGAGCUCCAAACUCUUCUUGGUUGUCGGAAAGGACUUCUGGAUAAGAAUGGUUGUCCCCUUGAUGGUGCACGUGAAACCUCAGCUCUGCACCUCUGUGUCGGGGAUCGGAUCAAAGCAGAGAAGGGGCAUCAGGCCCGUUCUCUGCCGGAUGUCCACAGAUGCGGUUCACAGAUAAAAGGACCACAUGCAAGCACUGCAGUUGCAAUGUCGGAGGACAUGGAGGCGGCCGUGGAAAAGGAGGCAGUAGAAGGGAUGAGCAGUCAGGAAUUUAUGGAUGCUUUAGGAAAAGAUUGCCUCGUACUGUUGAAAAGGCUUGAGGACGUUCCAGCUGUGCAACGCAGAGCUGUGAGCUCAAACAGAGGGUUGAAAAUGACGUCCGAACAAGUCCUGCCCAGAACACAAAGAUUAAUCCCGGAUCCCAGUAAACGGAUCUCCAUCGACCCGUUCCCUUCUGUUACUUAUAUAGUCGUGGCUGAUGAGGACGUUGAUUCAGUGCGCUCCCUCGAUGUCUCCUCCGACGUCUCCUACGUGGUGCCUGUUGGAAGUGACAGUGGGGAGGAUUCUUUGUCUGAUUGUUCAAACACAGACCGUUCCUUCGUCAAGCUGGCAUCCCCCAAGAAAGGCAAGAAACCUUUAGUCACCCGCAAAAAGCACGACACAGAAAAAAUCGGUCUUUCUGUGCCAAAUUCAUCCUCGACGACUAAAGGCCUUUGUUUAAUUUGCAACAAGCAUGUACAGACGGACAUGAAGGAACACAUGACAGCACAUUUUCCUGACGGGGUCUUAACCUGUCCACGAUGCGACAUGGUUUGCAAAACCAUGCAUUCCUUAAAGCUACAUUUUAAAAGGGUUUGCUUCGAUCAGCUGCAGAUAGAGAGCCAGGGCGACCUCGUCCGGCUCUAUCAGUGCGAUGGAUGUGAAAAAUCUUUUAAGUACAGAAUACAGUUAAACAAGCACAAACUUGUCCAUAACCAGCUCUACUGUGAGAUGUGCGAGAGAGUCGUGCGAGACGCCGAAACCUUGGCACGACACAAGGUGUCUCACACGCCUUUUCAGUGCACCCUUUGUGAGAAAAACUUCGGUAUCUUUAAGCAUUUGGCCAGUCACUGCAAGAACGUACACCAGUUGAGCAAACCCUACGAAUGCCACCACUGUCCGAAAGUUUUCUCCAAAUUCAAUAUUUUUAUUGGACACGAGUGGCAACACACAGGCCAACUCCCUUUCCAGUGUUCCCAGUGCUCCAUGACCUUCAAACAAGAUGCAGAGCUUGCUAUCCAUCUACGGGUGCACACGCACGAGAAACCCUUCCUUUGCAAGGACUGCGGUAAGCGCUACGCCUGCAACUCAAACCUGACGCGGCACAGCAGGAUGGUUCACAAUGAGUCCUCGAAAGUGCAGCGGUCCUUAGGCUCUCGGAGGAGUAAAGAGGGUGCACGUCAGAAGCCUCAUCAGAAGAAACGCCAGAUGAGGCAGACCCCCGGUCCAUGCAAGUACUGUGGAACGGUGUUGCACAGCAGCAGGCUCUGUCCACAGAAGUCACUAUCUGACAAUCAGUCCAGUCUUCCGCAUGAAAUGGAAGCAAAGGAUGGAUCAAAUAUUGAAAAACAUCACGGCGAAUCAGUCAGCUUGCUCCAGGCCCCUUCUCACGUAGCUCCCAGCCAAGAAAACUUUUUGUCCAGUUCCUCAACUGAUCGUUCCUCUGUUGCCCUUUAUGAUCACGAUGAGGGCUCGGUGGCAUUGAAAGAGCAGGAUGCGCCACUAGGGAAAAUUCCUGCUGCAAAUAAGACGAAUUCCUCAACCCAAAGAAGGCUAUGUUUCCUCUGCAAGAAACAUGUGCAGCUGGAUAUCAAGGAACACAUGAAAACCCAUUUCCCUGAUGGUGUCUUAACCUGUCCGCGAUGUGACGCAUUGUUCAAGAGCAUGGGUUCUUUGAGGAUGCACUUUAAGAGAGUUUGCGUCGAACAGCUGCAGAUAGAGCCAGGCGAGGACCGAGUUGGCCAUGGUCUGUUUAAGUGUGAUCAAUGUGAAAAGUCUUACAGGUACAAGCUGGCAUUAGACGGGCACAAGCGCACUCACAACCAGCUCUACUGUGAGGUGUGUAGGAGAGUCUUACGAGACGCCGAAACCCUGGCACGACACAAGGUGUCUCACACGCCUUUUCAGUGCACCCUUUGUGAGAAAGACUUUGGGAAUUUUAAGCAGUUGUCCAGGCACUAUGAGAGCACUCACAAGCUGAGCAAACCCUACAAAUGCCACCACUGUUCGAAAGUUUUUUCCAAGCUGGGUUUCUAUAUUCGACACGAGUGGAAACACACAGGCCAACUCCCAUUCCAGUGCUCGCAUUGCGCCAUGAAGUUCAAACAGGACACAGACCUGGCGAGUCAUCUACGGGUACACACGCACGAGAAGCCUUACCUGUGCACCGACUGCGGCAAGACCUUUUCCAGCAGCUCCAACCUGUGUCGUCACGUCAAAUUCCGCCACAGCGAGUCCAGGGAAAUUCGGCGCUUUACAUGCACCCAGUGCAGCAAGACCUUCAAAGAGAAGGGAGCCCUGCAGAAGCACGAGCAGCGCAAACACCAGAAUCACAAGAAGGUGCGCCACCCUUGCACCUACUGCGGAAAGAUGUUCUCCCAGUCCUGGAUGGCGGGACAUCAAAUGAUCCACACGGGGGAGAAGCCUUUAAAGUGCCACAUUCCGGGCUGCGACCAGCGCUUCCGGUCGACCUCCGGGCUGAAGAAUCACUCACUGCUCCAUCACACCGCGGAACGCCCGUUUGAGUGCAACACCUGUGGGAAGGGUUUCAUACGAGCCUCGAUCCUCAAACAACACAUGGAAAUCCACACGGGAGAGAAGAACCAUGUUUGUUUAGUCUGUGGCAAAGCGUUUCAGAAGGCCUACAGUAUGGCCAGACACGUAAAGCUAGUGCACUCACCCAGGUAACCGAGGACUUCUAGUUCUUCUUGUACUUAAAGAUGAGAUUACAUUUAUUUUGCAAAACAUGAUCAACGGCCAUGUUUACACAGGAUAUGAAUGCAUGCAUUAAAAAUCUGCCAUCAUCCACACACUCAACAAACAUCUUCUAAAUGACUCAAUAGAAAUGCGAAACUCUUCUCACCUAAGUUAUUUUUAAGUCAGUAUUGAGUUAUGUUGCCUAUAUCUUUUAAAAAUAUAAAUUAGAUAAAUUGUAGGUAAUCUGGCAGUGUUUUAUUUGAAAUAAAUAUUUCAUGCAGACAUUUGUUUUGGACUGUGUUAUUUACAUUAGGGUACUACAUAUGAGAUGCUCUACAGUAGUACAAACAGGAAUGCUAACACAGAUUAAUGAAAAACAUUUAGGCGCAUCUUAUCUUACUACUAUGUAAUAGCAGGCCUGUCGCACAAGUAAGUCGGAAAGAUGGUCAAAGUGCAUGUGCCAAGCAGCCUGCAGCUCACACACACACACACACACGAUUUUUUUAUGAAGAACACGUUGUUUUAGGCUCUUCGAACCGUUCAAACCGUGAAUCGGAUAGAAGUAACUUCAGAGUUCCCUGUGAAGUUAAAAAACACGGUACAGAAACAAGGGAUUUUAGAAAAAGACGACGAAAAGUGGCUCUCGAACAUCUCGCUGAAGUCGAAGGGAUUAGAGUCAAAACAUGCACGAGUUUGCAGUGAUCACUUCUUGAAAGUUUGGUAGAUCGAGAAAAUAUUACUGCCCGAUCACAAACUGUUAUUUUAGGACAAUUUAAAGCUCAAGAAUGCCAUGGUUUAUGACUUAUUUAUUUAGCUUUUGACCGAUAAAUAUACAACCUGUAACAUAAGCUUCUAUGACUAAGAGUAAUCUAUACACUAAUACAACUAUUAAAUUGUUGGCUUCAUAAAUAUGAAAUGAAAAUACGGUCUUAAUUUACAAUAUAAUUAUUUUUGAUACAAAAAUACUAUGUACAUUAUAUUACACUAUUACUGUAUGUGGCAUUAUAAGUCUCAAAUUCGUGGCAUCAAUAAGAAGGGAGAAAUAUUAUAUGAUGGACCAUUCUAGCAAAAUAAUGGAAAGGCUAUACUUCAAGCAAACAAAUGUAAAUAAAACACUGAACUAUUAAAAUGUAUCCUGUGUUUUUUUCACUUCUAAGGAGAUCUGCUAGAGAGCAGAGAUGCAGAAACUUGCUUGGUGAAUUUCUUUGCCAAAACUUCAGGGAGGAUACAUUACCGAAAAAAAACGUUCAGCCUUAGGGAUGACGCUAUCCCAAAACUCCACGUCAGGCAAAAUUCUCUAUAAAAAUGUCAUUCUUGUUCCAUACAAUAAAAUCACAGCAGUCUACUUGCAAAAUAAAGAGCUGUGCUUGAAUUUGAUAGUAGUAGGCAUGUGAUCUGUCCAGCUUUAUCUUGUCACCGUCCUUCGUCAGGCAGAAACCCGUUUCUCCGGCACAAGCUCUGAUGUUCUCCUUGUCCUGAUGACAAUGUGGGCACUGAAAAAAGUCAGAUGAAGUGUGAACAAACUAUAUCAUCUGAAUUG